AUGCUGGAUGCACUUCGUGGUCUAAUGGCCUGUGACCUCGGUGAGGGACUUGAUCAGAAGGAUGCCGAGCUGAUCGAGGCCCUCGGGCCGGCUGCGGAAGGACCCUCUGAGAUACCUUCGUCCUGGCGCCAGGAGGCAAAGAUCCUCGCCUGGCCCAUUCUGCCUUGGAUGGCAGCGCUGCAGCAGGCGUCCAGCUCCAGUGCUGCGCUCAUUGCGGAUCAGCUCCUUCGGCCCCUUCUCGCGGACCUGGCGAGGCACGGCAAUGUCCCGGCAGAGCUUAAGAGCCAACUGGCCGAGGUGUUCUUCCCUCGGCGGAAGGAUGCUGACGCGGCAGCCCAUGCCCGUUGUCUGCGUUUGGCGCUGGAGUGUGUGCCACAAGAGUUUGGCCUAGCGGCGACGGAGAGGGCCCACGAGGUUGUGCAAGAGCUCCUUGGUCUCCUUCUGGAGGCGGAGGAUGCCGGUGACGCCUCCUGUGGGCCGGCGCCGUUGCUCGACGACGCGGUCGCUGCCCUGACCCUGGCUUUCCGCGCUCCGGCUCGGGGCGGUUUGGCCUUUGAGACGGACGGUCGAGCUUGGAUUGCUUGGGCUUUCGAGUUGCAUUCAGAGCUCAUGAUGCGAUGGUCAGCCGUUGCGCGCCAAGCCUGA